GCACUAAAGAACUUGGAGGGUAAGGCCACCAGAGAGAACACACCAGCCAGAUGGCGAAGCGAUGGCGCGCCAUUCAUAUACAAUUCAUUGGACGAUUUGGAGCAUCUACCCUACGUCACCUACAACAUUGACGACUUCCAACUCGAGGGCAUGACUCGUAACGCCGACUCGAUCAUCAGUCUGAUCGAGAGUGUCAAGGGCCAGGGAUACAUGACAAAGGUUGGCAGGGACCGCAUUCGCGACCUCAACACCAUCAUCAUGGCCAAUGUCAUUGGUCAUGUCGACCCACUCUCAAGAUUGCCCGUCGCCCGUGGCCUCUACCCAUCGUCAUCAUUCGUCAAUCACUCGUGCCUGUCAAACAGCGUCUGGUUCUACGACAGCUAUGGCAUGCUCACGUACCGCAGCACCCGUGCGAUCAAGGCUGGCGAAGAGAUCACGACCACGCACGUAACACUCACCUCGUCCAAGCCAAAGAGGAUUAACACCCUGUUGAUGCACCGAGGCUACUACUGUCAGUGCAGUCGAUGCAGCAGCGACAGCAGCGGCAAUCAAUGUCCAAAGUGUCGCGAACCAUUCAAUCACAGCCAACUCAAGAUCUGGGAGCCGCAGCCAUCAAUCGACUUUGAUGGCCGCGCGUACCAGUGCAGCAAGGGACACGUGACAAUGGCUACACUGUACGAUGUGAUCGAGGAUUGGUCACAGCCUGGCGAGAUCAUCCGAGCGCCAGAGAACUAUGAACACUAUACGCGAUACUUCCAGAAGGGCAACAUGGUGAUGUUGAGACACUUGCAGCUGCGAUCAAUCUAUCUGUUGGAGCAGCCGUCUACUAUGCCCCAGGUGCCCAAGAUGAUCGAUCAACUGUUCCAAUGCUACGAUGAUGCGUUUGGUGGCAAGUCCAAGGAUGUCAUGCCACAUCACUAUGUGGACGACUACCAAACAUUGUUCUUGGCAUUGCGAGGCAUGUCCAAGAGGGAUGUCAAGAAGUUACAACAAGUCAAGGAGCAAUGUCAACAGAUGCUAGAGGUCAUAAUCAAUCUCUCGACACAUGUAUUCCGCUUUGAGUUUGAGUGUGACUUCAAA